AUGCAGUGCAUCGGGGACGGUCAAAUACGCAAUCGAAGUGCCGUGCAGUCACCAGUACGGUGGCAGCUGCAGGAUCCAGUAAUGCCCCGGGACAGCUGGCUCGAGGAGCAUCCUUCGUGCCUGCCUUUCCUUCAGGCCAUCAGUUUUCCGCUUCUCAUCUGCUACUCCCUGAACUUCCCGAAGAAGCCCUCUUCACUUGAAUCCGCAGUGUUGGAUUUUAUAGCCGAGGUGGAGAGGGUGAGGAAGAGAGCGGCCCCAUCCGGGAGUUCCUUGCGUCUGCUUAUCAUCCAUCUCUGGGCCAGGGAGCAGCACCCGCGUCACCUGCGGAAGCACACGCUCCACUGCCCCGGUGUCUGGAGAAAAGACGACGCCAAGAUCAAAGUCCUGGAGCGUCUUUCAUCUGCCCGCGCUCGCUGCUUCAUCAGCAUCGCGGCCUCGCUGCCAAGAUUGAUGAAAUGCUUAGAAGCGCCCGGGCUCCUGGGCCCUCUGUGCCGGGUGCGCCGGCAGCUGCCACCUCGUCCCACCUGCGACCCACGCGCGGCUUCCCCGAAAGGCCCAAAACAAACUUUCUCCACCGAUUUGGCUCCUUACACAGAGUUGCUCAAGGCAACCAGUCCCGUGAAGCUGACAGCCAGAGCCGGGUCCCUCUCGAGAUUUUAUUCGCUCAAAGCUGCCCCCAAAGCUAAAGCCACAACUGCCCCUGCAGGAGCGCCUGCACAUCCCCGGGACCUUGAGUUACCAGAUGGGUUAGUGAUUGCUUCUCUCGAAAGCUAUGCUCCUGCCUCAGGAAUUGGUUUGUUCAUUAAAGCAGGCAGCAGACAUGAGGACUCCAGCAAUUUAGGAACCUCUCAUUCUCGUCUUGCCUCCAGUUUGACUGCAAAAGGAGCUUCAUCUUUCAAGAUAACCCGUGGAAUUGAAGCAGUGGGUGGCAAAUUAAGUGUGAUUUCAACAAGGGAAAACAGGGCUUAUACCGUGGAAUGCCUGCGGGAUGAUGUAGACAUUCUGAUGGAGUUCCUGCUCAGUAUCACCACAGCACCAGGAUUUCGUCGCUGGGAGGUAGCUGCCCGUCAGUCUCAGCUAAGGAUUGACAAAGCUGUGGCUUUUCAGAAUCCACAGGCUCACGUCAUUGAAAAUUUGCAUGCUGCAGCUUACCGAAAUGCCUUGGCUAAUUCCUUAUAUUGUCCUGAUUAUAGGAUUGCCAAAGUGACACCAGAUGAGUUACGUGACUAUGUACGGAAUCAUUUUACAAGUGCAAGAAUGGCUCUGAUUGGACUUGGUGUGAGCCAUCCUGUUCUAAAGCAAGUUGCUGAACGGUGUCUCAACAUGAGGGGUGGGCUUGCUUUAUCUGGUGCAAAGACCAAGUACCCUGGAGGUGAAAUUCGAGAACAGAAUGGAGACAGUCUGGUCCAUGCUGCUCUCGUAGCAGAAGGUGCUGCUGCAGGAGGUGCAGAAGCAAAUGCGUUUAGUGUUCUCCAGCAUGUCCUCGGUGCUGGACCGCAUGUUGAGAGGGGCAGCACUGCCACCAGCUCUCUAUACCAAGCCGUUGCCAAGGGAAUUCACCAGCCAUUUGAGGUUUCCGCCUUUAACGCCAGUUACUCAGAUUCUGGACUCUUUGGGAUUUACACUAUCUCGCAGGCUGCAGCUGCUGGAGAUGUUAUCAAGGCUGCCUAUAACCAAGUAAAAACAGUUGCUCGAGGAAACCUUUCUAAUACAGAUGUCCAAGUUGCCAAGAACAAGCUGAAAGCUGGGUACCUAAUGUCAGUGGACUCUUCUGAGGGUUUCCCGGAUGAAGUUGGGUCCCAGGCUCUAGUUGCUGGUUCAUAUGCGCCGCCAUCCACAGUCCUUCAGCAGAUUGCCUCGGUAGCUGACACUGAUGUCAUAAAUGCUGCAAAGAAGUUUGUUUCUGGCCGGACGUCAAUGGCAGCAAGCGGAAAUUUGGGGCAUACACCUCUCGUUGAUGAGUUGUAG